AUGGAGCUUUUCAACCGGGGAAUUUGUUUUGAAGUGAUAUCAGAUUCACCGCAAGUGUCGUUGCGCCUCCAACCAAAGAGCAACAAGGAUGUCGACUGGUUUAUGGUCUACAAGAUGCCGAAGGAAGUCGACAACAGCGUCAUCGACAUCCAGCAGGGCCUUGCCUUCUACUACAUGGACGUCAACGACCAGACCGCCUUGAAGCCUUCCCCAGAAGCGCUGAACAGCACCAGCCAGGCCAUCGCUUAUACCCUGAAUCAAUUCUACGCCGUCAAGGACGAUAAGUCGAUCUUCCACGUCAUGUUUAACGAUGAGCCCUACGGUACUGUAUCCAUGUCAUCGCAGCAAGCUAACCGGAUCAGCAGCCGGAUCGAUCCAAUGAAGCUGGCCGUGCAGUUUGGACACACUAAGGGAACCCUCUUCUUCAACGGCCAAACUGGUGUCUGGCUCGUCCACUCGGUCCCGAAGUUCCCCCUCCGGAUCAGUACCAAUAUCCGGAUUCUGGCCUACGCGCAGCUGAAGGACAUCGGCACACAACUCUACUACAACCACCCCGACAUUUACUCCUCGAACUUGCCGACCACGAUGGCCGCGGCCAACCCCGAUCUGGCUAAACUGAUUACCGGAGACUACCAAAAAGGAGCCGCAGCCACCUCCUCCAUGACGCUGACGACGGCUGGCGGCCAGCAGUUCAAGUCGUUUGCCAAGUCGGCUGAUUUCAAUGAUGCCUCCGGACCCCGUUCCUUGUCGAAAGCUGGCGACGUGGGCAGUGAAGUUCCGUUGGAUUGCGGAAACGCGUACCCGGUUAACGAUGCCCUGUCGAUCAAGGUCGGCGCCAGCCUCGAGUUCAAGUACACAAAGCGACCACAGCAAGCUGGCCAGGUCGGCGCUGAAGACGAGCCCAUAUGUCUGCAUUGGAGAUAU